GAAUGUUUCAGUCAUGGGUCUGCAUUGGGGCGCUUAUGCUAUUAAUGAGCCGGACAUGAUCGAGGUUGUGUGGAAGGGCCUGUUCGAUCUUAUGGAAAGUGGCAAGUUCCGCGGAACUUGUUAUACAGACAAGGAGUUCGUCGGCCUCGAGACAAUUCCCGAGGCAUUGAAGGCUCUUGGAGCUCGCGACACUUGGGGUAAGGUGGUUGUCAAAGUGCCGCAAGAAGGACAGAGCAAGUUGUAAAUGGCAGGUGCCGAACAGGCAGUCAACGCAAACAUGCACUUCUAACUCGCACCUUCCUCUUGACGCGCGCUAAGAACCCAUGCAAUCCUCGAACUUUGCGCAUCUCAUCUCAAUGUCUCGUCCUGAUUCCACGCCUCCACUUUCGUAUCUGAUUUCUUUCUUCAACAAAAAGAUGGCAUCCAACGAUUUCCAGUACGGCCUCAACGAAAGAGAGCGCCUUGAGCUCGGUCAUCGUAUGCUACUCGCAGAACAGCAGCGCCGUCUCGAAUCCCGCAGGAUCUUGGAAGCAUCGACUCGUGCUCCCGUCUGUCCCAACUACAGUGUGGUUGGUCAUUCAGGCUGCUGGUAUUGUCGCCAGAAUGGCACUCCUCAACCAAGCACCUCGACCGACAAUCUGCUGAGAAGCCUAGCUCGUCCCCAGUUCCAGACCACUCCCAUCUCUGAAAAGCCAUAUGCUUCCUACCUGCCAUCCUCGGGUUCCACAGAUGGCACCAUCAAUCCUAUCAAGCAGCUCAUCACGCCUGCCUCAACUGCAUCAGUUGUGCCUCACACUGAUGACCGUACUCAGCGCCAGAGCCCCAGCGACCGCAUGAUCUACAGCAAGCCCCGUGGCAAGGCCGUUACUCCAGCUCCUGCCGCAGGACCAGCAGUUGCUGCCACUCCUAUUGCCAAACCUGUCAAGCCCAAGCCUGACCCUGCACGCCCAUUCACCGAGCUGCAACUCCCCAAGGACGUUGUGCGUCCUCUCAUUCCUGCAACCUUCUCUCGCUUCCUGUCUCUUCCUCUCGAGAUCCGUCAUGUGAUCUACGCUCUCUUAGUCGACAACGGUGUUCACGGUAUCCUCCUACCGUCCAAGGACGUCAAGGUCUAUCAUCAGGCUGCAAUCACUCGUGUGAACCGUCAGAUCCGUCGUGAGUCAAUCGGCAUGGUCUACACCAACAACGCCUUCAACGCCACCAGCCGCGAUCUCAUCAAGCGUGGUCUUAUGCUUUCACAGAACGUUGGAGAUGACAAGCUGAACCUCAUCAAGAACUGGUCGUGGAUCACAGCAAAACGCAGCCUGUUCAUCUGGUUCCCAAAUGGAAGAACUGCUAUGAUCAAUCACAAUGGUCCCAACAAGGAGGUCUUGACUCUUGCUCUCGAAAGACGCAUGCAAGUCUGCGACUAUCUGAGAACUUUGGGUCAUGAUCCUACCGGUCUUGGAGCUGAAGAUAUCAAGGCCAUCACCGAAAUCGUCCUUCGCAUCACCCCAAAGAUCAAGGCAAAGAAGGAAGGAGAUGCUGCUCAGUAAGAGAGAUGCAGCGAAGGUUGAUGACAGAGACAUGACCAUUUGUUGGUCGUUGACGAGAAUUUUAUGAAGAUAUGGCUUAUGAGUAUGGACAACUGCUGGUGCCUGGGAGGAUACGAUGAUAUGAUAUGCUGUAUGGGUUUUGCUAAGUUACACGGAUGACAUGGUUAUA